AUGACUGUCGGAAAGCUGCCGAGAAUGGUCAUCGGCCUGGACUUUGGAACAACAUUUAGUGGAGUGGCUUGGGCCCUUGAUGAUGGCUGCCGUGAGUUGGAGGUGAUCGACAAAUGGCCCGGUGGAGGCAACGCCACCUCACAGAAGGUCCCCUCGGUGUUUUACUACGAUGGCUGGAAGAUGCGCUGGGGAUAUCAAGUAAAUGACUGUCAAGCAGCGAUUCAUGGCGUCAAGCUUUUGCUGGACGACAAUCUGAAAUACUCCUACGGUCCAUCUUGCAGAAGCAAGAAAUUACUUCAAAGUAUUGGAAAAGAUGUGACCGAGGCUGCCGGUGAUUAUGUUCGAGAGAUAGUGUCUCAUGCCAAGAAUGUACUGCAUCACCGGUUCGGAAAAGCCUUGGAAAGCAUGGAUUUGCAGUUCUUCAUGACUGUCCCAGCAAUCUGGUCCGAUAAAGCAAAAGAUGCAACCAUGCAGAUUGCUUGUCAAGCUGGUAUCGCCCAGAAGAACUUGUACAUGAUCUCGGAGCCCGAGGCGGCGGCAGUGUGUGCGAUCCAGACAAUCAAACCAAACAAUUUGGCUGACCUCAUUACGUACUGCAUUACUCAGGCUGAGCCCCUGAGGCUUGCAGAGGUAACUGAAGGAUCCGGAGAUGUUUGUGGUUCUGUGAUCUUGGACGACAAUUUUGAAGGGUUCCUGAAGCAAAAGAUUGGGAACAAAACAUAUGCACGCCUCUCAGACGAUGCAAAAUGGGCUGCGUUGAGUCGGUGGCGAGAUUACAUCAAACCGCACUAUCAGGGACCUAAUGCCCCUGAGGACGAUUUUGUCGACGUCGGAUACUACACAGUCCCGGUCCCUGGAGCUCCUGAUAACCGAUCGAUUGGCCUGCAACGGGAAAUGUUGAGUUUAGAAAGCAAGGAGAUAGAAGGGAUUUUUGAACCGGUUGUCAUGCGUGUCGAGGAACUCCUUACCCAGCAACAGCUGAAGGCGGUCAUCCUGGUCGGCGGCCUUGGUGCUUCAGAUCACCUUCGAGAGCGACUGAAAAGGGCCUUUACAGGAGUGCAAAUUCUACAGCCACACAACGCGUGGUCCGCGGUUGUACGGUAUGUGAUUUAA